UUGCCUGAUGCCAUUCAGACGAGAAGGCGUAGAAGAAACAGGAUAAUGUGAGUCUUUGGAGGUGGCCAGCAUGCUGCAACAGCACUUAAUGACAGGAUUGUCCUUCUUCCUCCUCAUAGGUUUUACAUCUGCACUGACAGGACCUCCAACAGUGGCUGGAUUUCUUGGCGGGUCACUGUCUGUGGUGUGUCUAUACCCUAAAGGCUAUCAGACGUAUGUUAAAUAUUGGUGCCAAGGAGCCAAUUGGGUCUAUUGUCGCACGGUUGUUGCGACCAAAGGAACAGAGGCAGAGGUGAAAGCGGGCAGAACUUUGAUCAAGGACAAUCAUGCACGUCGUGCAUUCACAGUGACGCUGGAGAACCUCACACAGCAAGAUGCUGGGAUUUACUGGUGUGCCAUAGAAGUAAUAGGGAGCGAUCAUGGAUUCUUUGUAAAUAUUAUUGUUCACCCAGAGCCUACUACAACAAGACCUACAACGACUGAAUAUUUUUCCACAAUCACUUCUACCCCAAGAACAACAGGGACCACCAUUAUAAAUCCCUUACACAACAACAUGAUCUUGUUACCAAUUGUUUUUCUGGUGCUGGUGGUAAUUUUAGUAGGAGCUAUACUACUAAUGUGGAAGAUAAAGAAACAGAAAGGUGCCAAAGCACGUGGGGAUAUCAUGCAGUCUACGGCUCCUACACAGACAGAAGGCAAUUCUUCCAGUGCAGCAGUAAAGUCAAAGCUCAGACCCCAUCGCAAGAAGACUCCAUCGCAAGAAGCCACCAACAGUGCAGGAGAAGUGGAUUAUACAUCCGUGAUAACAACAAGAAGUCCUGCUUCUGCACCACAGGUUCCUGACAACACAGAACAAGUUUCUUAUGCUGCCUUAAGGUUUUCUGCCCUGGAUGAGCAACCUACCUAUGCCAAUGUGGCCUUUCAAUCCUGACAACACUGGAGUACUUUGUGAGCUGAAAAAAAAUAGAUGGAACCUCU